CACAUUAAACCUCCCUAUAUUAUUCUACUUCGCACAAAACUUUAUAAUUUGUAACUUAAUAGUAAACUCUCCUUUACUCCCAUGCCAUAUUAACUUCCUUUCUUCACUUUUUUAUUUAACUUCUUUUUGGCGGCUUACAGUCCACCAUCUGCUCACUUGGUUUUCUAUUAUAUUAGUUCCUUGUUAAAUUUCCCUUUCUGCACUUUAUCAAACUCCCUUUUUUACUAAACAUUACAUAAACUUCCUUUUCCUUUACUCUAUAUUUUUUUUUUCCCUCCACAUCAUUUACUCCCUACCAGUCUAUCUUGGUCUAUGCAUCCGCCAGUGAGUUAGAAAGCUGCGUGACGCCGCGGUGACGCCCCACCACCCCGCCCAUUGAAACGGUUGACGCAACGACCGUGAAGCAAUGACAAGCUUAGCGUAUGUAGCCAGAAGCACCCCUCAUACACACUCCCCAGCCAGUGCCUCCCUUCCACCCCGCAGGGCAAGGAGUACGGUCACAGCUCCCUGUUAGCCCUUUGUUUGUCUUUUCCUCCCUUUUUUUUUUAAUCAACCCAGAAGCCGCACCGUUAGAGAGGACAUAAAAACGUGGACUGUUGAAGGCACACGCAUGAAAUGUUAUGUGUCUUCGUGUGGUCAACUUUGAUAGCCUGUGUGAUCGUGACUCCAGCAGUUCCCUGACCCGCUGGUGGUGGUCACGAGGCGAGGCUGAAAAAAAUAGAGUACUGUGCCAUUUCCCGUCCGUUGGUUCCGCGUUGUGGUGGUCGGCGGUCGUCCGGCGAAUGAGGGUUAGGUUUGUUUUGCCGACGCGCGGGAAUCGACGCUGGUGAAGUUGAUUGAUUGUUGAAGGAUGGUUGUGUUCGCGUCGCUUCUGUUGAGUAUGGUGUUCGUCUCCCCGCGGGUGUCGGGGGCCGCUCUGGGACUGCUGGCCGAGGACGGGGGAUACGCCCCCGCGCCUUACCUGUCCUCCCUUCAUCCCCUGCACCACCACCACCACUACCUCCACCUCGACCACCUCCGCAGUGAGGAGCACCACGCCCGGCAAGCCCCGCCAGGCGUCCGCCCCGUAUUGCUGACCCGCCCCUUGGCUCGCCCCGACCCCCGCCCGCCGUCCCGUCCCCAUCCCUACUCCCUGUUGUACCUGCACUACGUCCCCCUCGCCCACUUGACCGCGCGUGACCCUGAGUACCGGAGCAGCAGGCGGGAGGAGCCUCAGCCCGCCACCAGCACCAGCCUCCGACCCGCGCUGAGGUGAACGCCACGGACCAGAAAAGCCGUCUGCCCGUCAUGUCGUGUACCAGAUGUGUCACAUCUUCCCUAAGAGGCUCUUGUUCUGACGUUCUGCGUUUUCGUUAGUACUGUUUUCAAAAUGUAGAGAUGAUUUGUCGGCUUCUCAUGAGCCUUCUUUUUUUUUUAUUGACGAUGUGGAAUCUUUUGUUAAACUGUCACCAGAAUCAUGAUCUUAUUUUUAUUUAGUAGCUUCCACUGAAGCCUUUUAAUAGAUAUCGAAAUGAGACCAUAAGGAAAAAAUAUUUUAAAAUAUGGGGCUGAAUCAAGGAUUUUUUUUUUUUCCUCGGGUGGGGAGAGGAAAACACGAGCAUAUUUAACAUUUAGCAUUAGUAAAGGUAGAAUCACGUAUAAGACUAUCUUAGGCGUGUAAGACAAACUAUACAUUCUCACAGUGUACUGUACAGUACAUGUAUUUAGGACAUGGGAUAUAACUUUGGAUGGGCGGUUAUCUUAAUGCAGAUGUGAAAUUCGUGAGCUAUAAAAGCCAAGUAAAAAGUGUUCGUACCCAGCUGAUCUUCACCUUUCGUCAGUCAUCUGCUUCCAUAACUAGGCUAGGCUGGCGCUGCUCGUGUCGUCUGGCUGUCAUUCUUCCCCUCUGUCUUUGUGGGGUAAGAGGCUGUAACGGAUUAUGCUUACUGCUUAGAUAUCAUUCACUUAUAAAGCUGUGAGGAGAUCGUAUGUAUCACUUAACAUACUUUCUUGGGAAGACAUUUGCACUUACAUGAACUUUCCACCGCCUUGCCCCUCCAGCAGAACAAACGGCACUGUCAUAGGAAUAUAAGUGAUAAGAUAGUAGUAGAUUAAAAAUAAAUAAAGGAAAAUCACCAGCAAUAGCUAUCAAUCUUCGUAACUAUAUAUGACUAUUAUGUGUAAACCAUUCUCCUUACUAAACAGGUAGAGAUGGGGGAUAAGGAUGAAGUAAAGGGGAGGGGAAGCGGAGGUGGACGGAAACCUGGAAUUUUAAACACCAGCACAAGAACCUUAAGUAGUAGAUUGUGACAUUUCCUUUUUAUUACUACUACUAUUAUUAUUUAUUUUAUUUUAUUUAUUUUGUUUAUUUUAUUUAUUUAUUUUUUUAUUAAUUUCAUUUAUUUUCUAUCUAUUUACUUUUAUCUGAUUUAUCAAGGUAUUUGGAAAGCGUGUGUAAGGAGCCUUGAAUUAAUAAAUGACGGUUAUCCCUCUUUAGUUUGUAGGCAGUGUUCCAUUUGUGUCGGACUCGUCUAGCAUGCGGUCACGUAGUGCAGGCACAGUAAUAAUGGUGGUCGUCGUCAGUGUAAUAUUUCAGGGAGUAAUUAGGACGCGUUGCCUUUUUAGUGUUGGAAAUAUAUGUGUAGGGAGUCUAGCUCAUGACCUUCGCCUUGCUUAAUCACUUUUCUGUGGUAAUGAGAGCUUGGUACAGGGCUUGUUACUUGUGGUAGUUACACUGUCAGAACACUAAGUCAGGUUGGGAUGAGAUUUUAGAAAAGUCACGUUUCAAUUUAGUACACAUUCUGCUGCUUUACAAUAACUAACUUUUAAAGUCAGGGCAAAAAUACUCGAGGUUAUGGUAUGGAUGAUGGAACUUAUCGACCGAAGUAGUGUUUGUCGUCGUUUUCGUAUUUCAGGAGCUUGUGAUGUUUUGUGUUUUGAUCAGCUGGUGUGAAGAGACGGCACAUAAUGUAUGUGUUGUGUGUGUGUGUGUGUGUGUGUGUGUGUGUUACCUCCUAUAAUUUUGUUACAGUUUUCGUAAUGACCAAAUACACACAAAAAAACAGAGGACUUACAUUUUAUUAAUUUACGUAGUCAUGAUGUGUGUGUGUGUGUGUGUGUGUGUGAAUCCAGGGUCUGCUCACGUCACCACCACGCACGCGCAUUCCGAAUGUUGGAGGUGUGACGGUGGCCUGCGACUGGACAAGCGAAGAACUUAGCACGUUACCUUCUGAUUUCUUUGUGACCAAGUGGCUGGUGGUAGACGUAAGUUUGUGGCAGUGACUGGACCAUCAUUAUUGAAGGAGCUGCCUCCUCUCCAUCUGUGUGCUUCAUAAGUCACCUACACCAGUGUCUACAUCAUUUUGGUUUAUCUAAUGGGAAAUACCAUUCAUGUUCCAUUGUCAUUGGAGUGGCUGUCAGCAACUUGUGAGUAAAGGCACCAUAUGCAGGUAAUUAUUAUGCAGAUUUGCAAUACUAAAGCAG